CCCCCUCCCGCAGCGGGUGGUUUAGCGCGCGUGCGCAGUAGGCUCUUCCGUCAGCUGUGUUGUGGAAAUGGUGGAGAAGAAAACUUCGGUUCGCUCCCAGGACCCUGGACAGCGGCGGGUGCUAGACAGGGCCGCACGACAGCGCCGCAUCAACAGGCAGCUCGAGGCCUUGGAGAAUGACAACUUCCAGGACGACCCCCAUGCAGGACUCCCCCAGCUCGGCAAAAGGCUGCCUCAGUUUGAUGAUGAUGCAGACACCGGAAAGAAAAAGAAGAAAACUCGAGGCGAUCAUUUUAAACUUCGCUUCCGAAAGAAUUUUCAGGCCUUGCUGGAGGAGCAGAACCUGAGUGUGGCCGAGGGCCCCAACUACCUGACAGCCUGUGCAGGACCCCCCUCCCGGCCCCAGCGCCCCUUCUGUGCCGUCUGCGGCUUCCCCUCCCCCUACACGUGUGUCAGCUGUGGUGCCCGAUACUGCACCGUGCGCUGUCUGGGAACCCACCAGGAGACCAGGUGCUUGAAGUGGACUGUGUGAGCCUGGGCGUCCCCGGAGGAGAGGGCCUUCUGCGCAUCACCCCAGCCUCGGAGAGGGCUUGGCCAAAGGCAGAGGUGCUCUUCUGGACCUAGAGAGGAGCUGUUCGCUCGCCCAACAGAGCUGUGUCUGACCUGCCAGGGAAGAGCAGUCUUACUCCUUACUCCCAGGGACUGUGUGCAGGGAAGUGGGCUGGGCCCUCAGCGUGCUGUUGUAAUAAAAGGUUUCAUACCAGGAGGAGCCUGUUUGGUCACAGGUCUCCUUCCUACUCACUGCUCUGUGGCUUUUCCUUCUAUCUGUCAGUCACCCCUCCCACGGUCUGCCUAUC